GUCCUCGAAUUCAUCCCUGAAGUUGUACCAAUUAGUAUUCGAGACCCCUGUGAGAACCAUGGGAUUUGGUGGCGGAAUGUUCGCUGCCAUAGCGAUGGAAUAGGAGAUAUCUUUGCCUUCAGCCAUCGGGGUAACAUUAGGGAUAUAAGGCCAGAGCUGCUUCAUCACCGCACAACUGCAACCUGCAAUUCACCUCUUCAAUCUACUGCUCCUAAAUACUUGGAAGUUCAUUUAAGAAUUUGAGAAUCAUGAGUAUGAACUACAUGAGCACCGAGAGGAUUCUGCUGAAAGAGGACUACCUCCUCUCCAACAAUGGACAAUUUAAAGCUAUCUUUCAGACCGAUGGCAACUUUGUGCUCUACGGUUGGGGUCGGGUUGUCUGGGCAUCAAACACUGUGAACAAAGAUGCUCAGAGGCUCAUCCUCCAAAAGGAUGGCAACCUGGUCAUCUACACCAAACAGGACCAUCCCAUUUGGUCAAGUAACACUGGCCGUUGCAACAAUACACAAAGAGGCCACCUCACCCUCACUGACAAAGGUACCCUGGAGCUCUACAGAGACCGAGAGGUGAUCUGGACAUCGUAACAUCGACCGGCCCAACAAUGCACAGAGGUCACCUCACCCUCACUGACGAAGGUGCCCUGAUGCUCUACAGUCCCAGAAAUGUGGUCUGGUGCUCUCGUGAGGACACUAGUAAUGAGGCAGAGUAACAGCUUCACUUGACCAUACCUGUCUACAUCUACCACUAAACUGUAUUCAAAAGCCUUGAGGCUUUAACCCUUUGAUUUGGUCAAAUAAAACUGUAUUGACUUAAA